GCAAAGCUCUAAACGUUAAAACUAAAAUCUACUCAGUCUCUUUCUAGACUGACCUGUGAUUGAUCAAAAUCUCCAGACACGGGCCAGAAAAGAAGAAGUUUUUGAGCGGUUCUAUAUAUCAAAGCCAGCCCAGGCCUUUUUUCUUUACACACUAUUGGACAACCCCCCCCCCAAGCAGCUGCUUAGUCUGCUCCAUAUGAUACAAAGACUGUGACGGUCUCAUAUUGUACAUAUGUACUUAUUGAUCCACAUUCAGAAGGACGCCUAUGACUGGUACUGUAAGAAUGUUUUUGGUAUAUGGAAUUAUGGAUCGGUAAGUGCAAUAUGUUGCCUACCGCAGCUUAAACGUUGGUGGUGACAGAUUUACCCACAAUGCACAGGUCUGUCACUUGCAAGAAACAAGAAGCUACACGUCAUAAAAACGUAUGAGCUGUAAAAGUUCCCCAGCAACACGCAACAAUGUGACACAAUGUGACACAAUGUGCCUCUCGUUUUGUGUCCUUUCACGUUUGCCCAUCCGGAUCCGUUCCGGGUUUUAUGCGACGCUGGCUGCAGCUUGCAGCAGCAGCUCACUCAAACACUCUCACACUUACAUACUGAGCUCAAAUGGAACAGUAGUGUGGUGGAUACAUCCAAACCUAUUUUUGAAGUGUGGUUUUUCUUCUGCUGCAGACUGUGCAGAACACAGACAUGCUACCAAAGACGCGCCUCGGGAAGCGUUCACCACUCGGUGCGCUGGUGAGCUCCGCGUGUACGGCGGGAGCAAACCCAGAGACAGCCAAGACUGGUGUCACCAUGGCAACGGCAGCGGGACCUCAGGCCAUCACCAGAGUCAGGGGUCACCUUGGACUGAAGGUGUAUUUUCAGUGUGCAGGAAAAGGUGAAUCUCCAGGAAUGGCGGAUCAGCUGGAUCUCACGGAGAGUGACAUCUCUGCUGUUUGGCCUUCAUCUCAUUCUUCCUCCUCCUCGUCAGUGCUUCCAUCCAACAGCAGAUGCGUGUCCUCUUGCAUCGACGUCCCCAGCAGACGGAGGAGUCCAGGGGACGUGGACAUGGACGAAUUGAUGGCGGCGAUGGUCCUCAGCAGUUUGUCCUGUAGCCCUCUGAUGCACAGUCCCACCAAUCCUGAACCACCAGCUCCGGUGAUGGACUGUGUAGGCGGCGAGCUCUCUGACAGCAGCAGCAGCGGCAGCGGCUACUGGAGCAUCGGCCAGGCCAACGGAAGCCCGGCCCCGUCUCCACCAAUCCUAGAGAAUGACGUCAACCUGACUGCAGUCCCCGACGAGGGGCUGGACAUGGAGAUGGAACAGGAGAUCUCUGACGAGCCGGCGCCGAGGAAGCGCAGAAACUCGGUGAAGGUGGCGUACAGGUGUCUGUGGCCCGCCUGUGGAAAGGUGCUGACCACGGUGGUGGGAAUCAAACGUCACAUCAGAACAACACACCUGUGCCGUGGUGGAGAACAUGAGCGCUGUUCUCGCAGCGAAGAGGAUUUUUACUACACCGAGGUCACCCAGCAUCAGUCUCCUCCACACCCUCCCCCCUGUAGCCCUGCCCCCUCCUCGCCGUCCAACUGCCCCGCCUCACCAGCGAGCCCUUCAUCACCCUCCUCUCCAUCUCCCCCGUUCCCAACCUGCAGCACUCUGAGUUCCUCUGCGCCUUCCGGCAGCUUCUGGCAGGUCAAGUCAGAGCACUCCUACCAGGCUCCGCCUCCCAGCCAAGUCAUCACAGAGGCAGCUUCCAUCGCGGCGUCCAGUCGUUGGACAGCCCCACCUUCCACCUGCUUCAACAAACAGGCUUUGCCGUUCAGAGUGCGUUCAGUCAGUGUUGGGGAACAGUGGCUGCAGAACCACAGCACCCCCUGCAGGAGGAUCCGCGGAGAGGCUAAGAAGUGUCGGAAGGUUUACGGCAUCGAGCACAGAGAUCAGUGGUGCACGGCCUGUCGUUGGAAGAAAGCCUGCCAGCGCUUCCUUGACUGAACGGGAAGGAUGAACAUAAAUGGACAAGCAGAGGAGUUGGUCACUGAGGGGGGAAUGUACAGAGGACGGACAGUCCAUCUUCAGACUAUGGACGAAGUGGAGUCGUACUGUGGAGUUGGACAGAGAGGGACUGUCAGCGAGGAGCUUGGCUUCGCCUGGUGGAUGUUUUAUACCUAAAUUUGCCUCUAGAUUAGUUUUUAUACUUGUACAUUUGCUUUAAGUCUCUUUCAUUUUUGAAUGUGUAGUUUAUAGCUGCUGCUGUCGUCUAACAGAACCGUUUGUCCCGUCGGUGCUCUUUUUUGUGAUGAAGUGAUCUGGGGCAGCUAUGAUGUGACCUUUGACCUGGUCACCUGUUGACCUGAGGCAGCUGAGUGGCCAACGCUCCUCGUGUGUUCUUAAAUUACAAACAGCCUCUGCGUCAAUUAAGUUAAGCAGAGUAGCUGCUUAACUUUAGGCUUUAAAGGCCCAGUUUUACUAAUAUUUUGCAGCAAAGUCAAUAUUUCUCAGUUGAAUCAAUGUGACUUGAUAAUUUACUUUAUUUUACAGGAUUAAAAUAAAGCCUGUUUUAUCGAACCGUCCUGACAGAGAUCUAAGCACACAAGUUUGCUAAUUUCUUAUUGCAUACAGGUAAUUGAUGGCCACACUUGCCAAUACAGCCUAGGCUACAUUGCCUUUAGGGUGAAGGUCGGAGUUAAAUCGCCUCAAUCAGAGGAAGAAGAAUUGCUUUGCUACCAUGGUCCAUAAAAUAAACAUUUGUGAUAUUCAGUAUAUUAGUUAACACAAGGCCAUAAGUGUCAUUUAUGCUCAAUGUUAGAACGUUAGAUACAUAUGCAAACAGAUGGAGCCCCUUGUCCAUAUCUGUAGUAUUAUUAUUAUUACAUUAUUUGUAUCCGUGAGAUUUCAGUUGACUUGCACAAAGGAACUAAAGCAGUACCACCAUAAAUUGAGGGGUACAGUGUAGCCAACAGUUUGUGUGACAACUCCCUUUGAAAUUCAACAGUGGCGUAACUUUAUGAGACUGUGCGUGUUGAUAAUGAACUCAACAACAAUGUGGCCGCUUUUGCUUGAAAUAAGCGUAUAUCUCUUUUUGUACAUAAACAUAAAUUCGCCAGAGGAUUAAUAGGGAGAGCCGCUUGGCCGCAACCGUGACUUAGUUCAUACAACUGAUAACCAAUAAGUGUAAUAAGUGUAACCAAACCCCUAAACCACUUUCUUUGGAUAUAUAAUGUAAUGUUAUUUUGAGAUCCAGGUGCAAAUCUUCACAGUUUAGUAGGAAAAAUUGAAAUUAUACUGCCUCUGUCUGGUCAAACACCAGCUACUGCAUUCAAAUUUUUGCCAUUGGCUUUCCUAGUUCACUCUUCCAUCACCCUCUUGUCUAAUCAGCGUGAGGCUCGCUGUCCCAGACUCCUCCCCUUUUUGUUUGACGUCAGAUUUCGCUAUCAGACGACGUCUCCUGCUCUAUUUCUCACUCUUCCUCCCUCCUCUUCUCCCUAACUCAGGUCUCAGCUCACUACUUGACAGAUUGGGGUUUAGUUACACUUUGUUUCGAGGAAAUGUGGAAAAAAGUGGAGCUUCUAGCUCUAUAAGAGGAUUCUAACCAUUAGCACGAAGAUGUUAGUAUAACCUAUUCAAUUCAAUUGGUGAAUCAUUUCUAGCAAUUAUGGCGCAGACAAAAAUAAUAAUUCUUAUUGCCUCAACGUGUGAAUAUUUCAGGCCAUAGCAUUUGAGCUCAGAGCUAAUGCAAGCUGUCCAUUUCCACUUAGAAAUGUGGACUGGCCCAAGUCUAUAUUGUUUGAUUGUAGAAUAAACGUUGUGGUCAGAAACUCGGUGCUAAUGUGUCCGUCUGGUGCUACAGAGGCCGUGGUGUAAUGCGCGGUUAGAUCAGGAAAGAACUGAUUCAGGAUCAGCUUCAGCUCCUCUCACACCAAAGCUGUCACUGAACACAUGAUGGUGUGGCCUUUCUGAUGUUUUGCACCUGACGAACACCAAACCAGUGACUCAGCAAGUUGAACCGUUUUGUUGAUUUUGUAUGUUUGGUUGAUAUCAGUGGAGUUUGCCUGUCAGCAUGUGGGCUUAAGUCUCACAAACAUCAUGUCCAUGUUGGUGCUUCUAUAAAACAUGAAAUGAAGAAAAAUGUCAAUUGUUUCCAAAUACUCCCAAAAAAAAAUUCCCUCAAGUCUUGUUUUGUCCGCAAACCAAAAAUAUUAAGUUUACUGUAAAAGAGGAGCAACGAACAUGCUAAAACCACAAAAAAAAAAAACAGUUGAUUAGUAAUUGAUUCCUUCAUCAAUUCAUUACAGCCCUACUUUGCAAUAACAGUCGUCUCCCACAUUGUACAUACAUGUAUCCAUCACUCUUCAUCUAUUAAUUUCCCUUCACUUGCAUAGUUAGGAAGCAAAAGCCAUUUCCACUCCUGAUGAAACCACAUGCAGUAUUGAUCACACAGUCAAGUUUUAUCACAACUAACACAAUGCACACCAAUAUGAGUAUAUACGUCAUAAUAUGUACUUGCUCCUGGGGUAUACAUACAGAUAUAUACAUACACUGGGUCCAUAUAUCAAAUUGUGAUGAUUCCUGAAGAUUUUUAUCAGUCAUUGUUGCCGCAGAAAGACGUUUGUUUGCAUUGAAUUCUGUACGUAAUUUUUUUAUAUGUUCGUUUAAGAGCAACAAAAGUUCAACGUUGAUCAUUGUAAUCAAAUCAUUUCUAAGAUGCACUCUUUUAUACAUGUGAAAUCGCGAUGUUAUAAUAAACUGGAAUGAGCUGAAAA